AUGGCACGGACUCAAAAAAACAAGAACACAAUGGGCCAUCUUGGUCUCUUGAAGGCACGUCUGGCUAAGCUUCGUCGCGAGUUAAUAGAACCAAAAGGAGGCCUAGGUGGCGGUCCCGGUGAAGGCUUUGAUGUCGCCAAAACAGGAGAUGCACGCAUUGGUUUUGUCGGCUUUCCUUCCGUUGGCAAGUCUACUCUCCUUACCAAUUUGUCUGGUGUCUAUUCGGAGGUAGCUGCCUACGAAUUCACAACGCUGACUACGGUCCCUGGUAUCAUUCGCUGCAAGGGUGCCAAAAUCCAGCUGCUUGAUUUGCCCGGAAUUAUCGAAGGUGCAAAAGAUGGCAAGGGUCGUGGAAAACAAGUUAUCACUGGUAAAUAA